AUGCACAAGUCUCUGGUGUACACUUUGAGACAUUUUGACAUGUGUAUACACCCCAGUCACCACCACUCAGGUCGAGGCACAGAGUUGUACAGAGAUACCCCCUGGAGCCUGGCACCGGGUCUGGCAGGUGGCAGGAGUGCAACCGGCUCUGAAUCUACCCUACGAGAGCAUCGAUCCCACGGGAAGCUGAGGCUGUGGGCGGACGCCAGGCCGGGCAGCGCGGACCGGGCCCAGGUCCCGGCUCUGGAGGCGCGCGCGGGCCGUCCCCGGGCUCCCCGCAGCGCCGCCCUCUGGGCCGCGCGUCCGCCGCGGGUGGGAGCGAGCCUGCUGACCCCGCCCGGUGGUGCCCCCUGCCGCCGGCCGGGCCGCGCGCGGACCCACGGCCCCGUGGGAGGGGAGAGGGUCACCCAGUCUCCGGAGCCCCGUGCGGCGACCGGCAAAGGGCAGGGCCUCCGUUCGCGGAAGGACAGCCACCUGCCCUUUCAUUUUCCUCCGAAGGACAUUUCCCUGAGUUUUGGGGGCUUCCCAAACUAUUCCUUCCCCCAGAAUAGAGGGACCAAGGGCAGGCGGCCUUUUCGGUGGAGCGCUGCUGCCCCCAGCUGGCCGCGGGGGGCACUACCGCCGGGGGGGCCGCCCGAGCCCCGCGCGUCUCGGCGUCUCGGCGUCUCGGCGUCCGGCUCUCGGCGUCCCGGCUCCGGGGCUCCUUCCUCGCGCCCUGGGCCCCGGGUCUUCGCGAGGCAGAGGUCUGUGAGGGCCACCACCCGGCCGCCAGCCCCGCCCGGAGUACGGCUCUUCCCGGGAGAGCCAGCCCGCCCCAGCUGUGUGUGGGUGUGGGGGGAUGUGGCCCCCACACCUGGGGGGCGGCUGGGCUGGGCUGGGCUGGGCUGGGCUGGACGGAAGCUUGCAGCGCCUGCCCAGUGUUAA